GAAAUGGUGGAUCAACUCUUCAUGCUCUUCGGUGCUUGGAAGAGCAGUAUGGUGAUCAGUGGACUUCCUUCACUGUGCUGCUAAUCCAUUCUGAUGAAUGGAAGAAGAAAGUCAGUGAAUCCUAUGCCACAGUCACGGAACGCUUGGAGGAUGACCUGCAAAUCAAGGAAAAGGAGCUGGCAGAGUUAAAGCAUGUUUUCAGCUCUGAUGAAGCCUUCUGCAAAGUGAACCUGAAUUACCGCACAGAGAGCGGGCUCUCGCUGCUGCACCUGUGCUGCGUCUGUGGGGGCAACAAAUCCCACAUCAGAACUCUCAUGCUAAAAGGGCUGCGCCCAUCCAGACUAACGAGAAAUGGAUUUACAGCUCUGCACUUGGCAGCUUAUAAGGACAACGCGGAGCUGCUGACGGCGCUGCUGCACGGCGGGGCUGACAUCCAGCAGGUCGGGUACGGGGCGCUGACAGCGCUGCACGUCGCCACCAUCGCCGGCCACCACAAGGCUGUGGACAUGCUGCUGCAGCACGGGGCCUACGUGAACGUGCAGGACGCCGUGUUCUUCACGCCGCUGCACAUCGCGGCCUACUACGGCCACGAGCAGGUAACCCACCUGUUACUGAAGUUUGGAGCCGAUGUGAAUGCGAGUGGUGAAGUUGGGGACAGACCUCUCCACCUGGCUGCUGCCAAAGGCUUUCUCAACAUCACAAAGCUUUUGAUGGAAGAGGGAAGCAAAGCUGAUGUGAAUGCUCAGGACAAUGAAGAUCAUGUGCCUCUGCACUUCUGCUCUCGAUUUGGGCACCAUGAUAUUGUCAAGUUCUUACUGCAAAGCAGCUUCGAGGUGCAGCCCCACGUGGUGAACAUCUAUGGAGACACACCUCUACACCUUGCCUGUUACAAUGGGAAGUUUGAAGUUGUCAAGGAAAUAAUUCAGCUCUCAGGAACAGAAAGUCUCACUAAAGAAAACAUAUUCAGUGAAACAGCUUUCCACAGCGCUUGCACCUAUGGAAAGAACAUAGAACUUGUCAAGUUUCUUCUUGACCAGAAUGUUGUAAGCAUCAAUCAUCAAGGGAGAGAUGGACACACAGGAUUGCACUGUGCUUGCUACCAUGGCCACAUUCGCCUUGUGCAGUUCUUGCUGGAUAACGGAGCUGAUAUGAAUCUUGUAGCUUGUGAUCCCAGCAGGUCCAGUGGAGAAAAGGAUGAGCAGACCUGUUUGAUGUGGGCUUAUGAGAAAGGUCACGAUGCAAUUGUGACCCUCCUGAAGCAUUACAAGAGACCUCAGGAUGAAUCCCCCUGCAAUGAAUACUCCCAGCCUGGAGGAGACGGUUCCUACGUGUCAGUGCCAUCUCCCCUAGGGAAGAUUAAAAGCAUGACAAAAGAAAAGGCUGAUGUCCUCCUCCUCCGUGCUGGUUUGCCAUCACACUUCCACCUGCAGCUGUCUGAGAUAGAGUUCCACGAGAUCAUCGGCUCAGGGUCUUUUGGAAAAGUCUAUAAGGGACGAUGUAGAAAUAAAAUUGUUGCAAUCAAACGCUACCGAGCCAACACCUACUGCUCCAAGUCUGAUGUGGACAUGUUCUGCCGCGAGGUUUCCAUCCUCUGCCGACUGAACCACCCCUGUGUCAUCCAGUUCGUGGGAGCCUGCCUGGAUGACCCCAGCCAGUUUGCCAUUGUCACCCAGUACAUCUCGGGGGGAUCGCUCUUCUCCCUGCUCCACGAGCAGAAGAGAAUUCUUGAUCUGCAGUCUAAAUUAAUCAUUGCUGUAGAUGUGGCCAAAGGCAUGGAGUACCUCCACAAUCUCACACAACCCAUCAUACAUCGGGAUCUGAACAGUCACAAUAUUCUCCUGUAUGAGGAUGGUCAUGCAGUAGUUGCUGAUUUUGGAGAAUCUCGAUUUCUGCAAUCCCUGGAUGAAGACAACAUGACAAAACAACCUGGGAACCUGCGCUGGAUGGCCCCUGAGGUGUUCACCCAGUGCACAAGGUACACCAUCAAAGCCGAUGUCUUCAGCUACGCUCUGUGCCUCUGGGAGCUGUUAACGGGGGAAAUUCCCUUUGCUCACCUGAAACCAGCGGCAGCAGCAGCAGACAUGGCUUAUCACCAUAUCCGCCCCCCCAUCGGCUACUCCAUCCCCAAGCCCAUCUCUGCCUUGCUGAUAAGGGGCUGGAACGCCUGUCCUGAGGGGAGACCAGAGUUUUCAGAAGUUGUCACAAAGUUAGAGGAGUGUCUGUGCAAUAUUGAGUUAAUGUCUCCAGCCUCCAGCAACAGCAGCGGGUCCCUGUCUCCCUCGUCCUCCUCGGACUGCCUGGUGCAGUGGGCAGCCCCCCUCUCAGGGCCUGUCUCUGGAUGACAUGAGGAGGACCUUCCAGUACCCACCUGUGGACAAGAACGGCUACGUGUCGGACCCCUUGAGCACCAUGAGGUUCCACUCCUGCAGCAGCAGCUUGGAGGACAGCAGCUGAGGGAGGGAGCGUCCACCUGCCCCAGCCCAGCAUCACCGCGGAGCCCUGAGUGUCACACUGCCAUCCCUGGGCUGAACAGCUUUGGUGUUGAUGACAAAUGUCCCUGUCCUGAAUUCUGCUUUUGCAUCUCCCUCAGCUGACCACCCCGUGCCCUGCAGCACCAACUCUGACCGUGGGGCAUUGAAAAAGAGAAGAGAGGCAGGGCAGCAGAAGUUGAACUCUUCCUCUAGAAGCAAUUACAGAGUUAAUCACACUGAUAUUUUCUGGGGUCUUUUUUUCAAAGUAACAAAAGUUAUCUGCAAUACUGUCUGUGUGGCCAAGGCAGAGCUGCCUUCCUGGCUGAGCAGGAAUCUGUAUUUCCCAUUGAUGGCAGGGUUCUGUGAUGUGAUGGAGGAUGUUGUUUCUCUGCAGCCAUGAUCCCUGAAGCGGGCCUGCAAAGAGGCCUCAAGCAGUGUGACAGACAUGAGCUAUGACUGCAUGGUGGGCUCUGACAAUGGCACACCUGCCAUUACUUCAAUAGUGCUGAAGCAAUAAAAAUGGGGAAGAUUUCAGUAAGUAAAGCUUA